GCUCGGCUCGGCUGGUUUCAGUCACUGGCAGUGGACGACGCUGCGCCGACGCCGUCUGGUUGCGCCGCGAGGAGCUGAGGCUCCGCGAGGAGAGGCUCCGCGCAAGGCCAGGCUCGGCCAGCCCCUCAACGUGCAGCAGCAGCAGCAGCAGCUGUUCCUGGACCCGCGGCACCCCAGGGCUGGGCCCCACGGGCCUCGGCGCCGCGGCGCUGAUUGCUGAGCUCCCCGGCGACCUGCACCAUGUAGGCGGCCGACACGGGGGCUCGCAGACAUGGGGCACGUAAUCGUGACGGCUCGCUCCCUCGCCUGGCUGCUCCUCUCCGUCGUCGCCCUGAUGGCCGUCCUGGGCGCGCUGGUCUCGCCGCGCUGGGUCGUGGCCCCGCCAGGUGACUCCGGCGCGGACUCCCUGGGCCUCUCGAUGCGGUGCCGGCUCAUGUCCAAGCAGGCCGGCUCUCAGCAGGCGCCCCCGCCGGCCGCCCCCGCGCCGCGCUCCCACUGCGGCCCGCUGCCCGUCGGCGUGUCCCCGGGGACGUGGACGGCCGCCCUGGUGCUCCUGGGCGCAGGGGCGGCGCUGGCCGCCCUGGCCGCGAUGGCGGGCCUGCUGGCGUGCUGUGUGCACGCCGUUUGCGGCAAGAGCAUCCUGGGUGUGUGUGGCGCGGUGCAGGCCGCGGCAGGGGUGCUGUACCUGCUGGGGCUCGCCCUGUUCGCCGGCGGCUGGGGCGCAGACCGCGUGCAACGGCUGUGCGGUCCGAACACCGCGCCCUUCUACCUUGACUCCUGCUCGCUGGGCUGGGCGUCCUACAGCGCGGCCGCGGGUGCUCUCCUCACACUGGUGGUGGCGGUGCUCUCGGCCCCCGCGGAUCGUGCGGCACGCAGCGACAAGGUUCAGGAGCGCAUCUACCAGGGACACACCCUCGUCUGCAUCGCCUGAACAGACCAAGAGCCGAGGAGAGCCAAAGUGUCAAUUCGUCUACAGUACUGCUAUUUAUUUAUUAUAUUGUCUAUACCGAGUCACAUUAAAUCUUUUGAUACGUUUUGUUAAA